UUUCUCAAAUUCAUACCCAAUCCAUUCCAUGGCCAUCAAUCAAACAGUAUCUUCCAGAUUGGAGCAAUGGCAUGAUCUAAGCGGGAAGGUCGUGCUGGUCACCGGAGCCUCCUCCGGGCUCGGUCGAGGCUUCUGUAUAGACUUGGCCAAAGCCGGGUGUAGGAUCGUUGCGGCUGCACGCCGGAGAGACCGCCUGGUUUCCCUCUGCGAGGAGAUUAACGGAAUAAGAAGAAAUGAUGAUGUUGGAGCAGUGGCUGUGGUGGUGGAGCUUGAUGUGAGUGGUAAGGGUCCCGCCAUUGAAGCGUCUGUGAAAAGGGCAUGGAGUGCGUUUGGACGUAUCGAUGCCUUGAUCAAUAAUGCUGGGGUUAGAGGUAAUAAUGGAGUCACUGCUUCUUUCUCCUUUAUUGUUAUUCAUUCCUUAUAA